AUGGCGGAAGAAAACACAGCUUGUGUCGGUGAACCGGCUGAGGAAAACACUGAAGCAUGUGAUACUGAAAACUCAGUAACGCAGCAAGAGCCUGAGGAGGAAUCAAAAAAGCAGCUCUCCGCAGACAUGUACUACAACUAUGAGGAUCUUCACUCCAGACCAUCCGUCACACCCGACUCUGAAAUCCCAGAGAACCUCCUGCACCUCUCUCACUCUUUUGGCUACGACAGCGGGCGCAGGGCGAACCUUCAGCUGCUGGAUGAUAGAACUCUGAUCUUCGUAGCAGGCAACCUGCUCGUUAUGCUGGACAUUUCCACCAAGGAGCAGAGAUACCUCCGCUCCUGCAGCGGAGGAGGAAUCGGCUCCAUCACGACACACCCUAGCAAAGAGUACUUUGUUGCAGCAGAGAAGGGAAACCAGCCCAACAUCACAGUAUAUGAAUAUCCCUCGUUACGACUGUACCGCAUCCUCAGAGGUGGUACAGAGCAUGCGUACAGCUUUGUGGAUUUUAACCGUGACGGGACCCUGCUGGCCAGCGUGGGCAGCGCAUCUGACUACAUGCUGACGCUGUGGAACUGGAGGCAGGAGCAGGUGAUGCUGAGAUGCAAGGCCAUUUCGCAGGAGGUCUACCGAGUCAGCUUCUCCCCAUACAACCCAGGACUGCUCACAUCGUCAGGAUUUGGACACAUUAAGUUCUGGAAAAUGGCUAGCACAUUCACAGGUCUUAAACUGCAAGGGCUUAUGGGACAUUUUGGGAAAACUGCAGCGACUGAUAUUGAGGGCUACGUGGAACUUCCUGAUGGAAAGGUGGUGUCUGGCACAGACCGGGGCAACUUGCUGCUGUGGGAUGGAAAUGCCAUUAAGGUGGAGAUUUGCCGAAAGGAGGGGCGGAGCUGCCACGCCGGGAUGGUUCAGCCGUUUGCCCUUGAGGAUGGGCAGCUGAUGACGAUUGGCUCUGAUGGAGUGGUCCGGGGCUGGGACUUUGAGAGCAUCGACGCUGCUGACAGUAACAGCGUCAACAGCAGGUUUGAGAUGGAGCCGAUGAAUGAGAUGGUGGUCGGACACAAUGUGUGCCUGUCUUCUAUGGUGAAGAGCUCCCUGCCUGACUCGUUUAUCUGGUUUGCUCAGGAUUCCAGUGGAGCCAUCUGGAAACUGGAUCUUUCAUUCACCUACACGACUCCUGAUCCAGAGUGCCUGUUUUCCUUCCAUGCUGGAGCGAUCCAGGGCCUGGACGUGUCGAAGAAAUCCCACUUGAUGGCCACGACCGCCUUAGACCGUUCAGUCAAAGUUUUUGACUUCCUGGCAAAAAGAGAGCUGACCACCAGCCGCUUCAAUCAGGGUGGAACUGCUCUCAGCUGGGCUCCACCUUUGGUGAACCAGAGUGGAAGUUUACUGGUGACAGGUUUUGAGGACGGGGUGGUCCGAUUACUGGAGCUGUACGACCCUCAGAGGUUGCAUGUGGUCACCGGGCGCAGCCCCAAAGGAGACGCCAAGCUGCGCCUCAAACAAGCCUUCAAACCCCAUAAUGCCCCUGUAACUGCUGUGGCAUAUGAGCGAAAUGGAGACAUCUUAGCCACAGGGAGCUCAGACUGCACUGUGUUCUUCUUCACUGUCGGGGAAAAAUACAACCCCAUCGGCUUUGUCCACGUUCCUGGGCCAGUGCAGGGGCUGGAGUGGUCACCUCAUUCGCAUAGUGAAAAUAGGCUGCUCAUCCUGUGUCAGAGCGGUCACGUGGUUGAGGUGCAGAGUCCUGAUCCAGAAGCCGAGAAGCCAACCAAAACCUUCCAGCUGCCUGAGCUGCCCAGCAGAUCCUUCAGGUUCAGGAGCAUCAAAUCUCGAAUCAAGAGAGAGGAAGAAAUCGCAAGACGCCAAGAUGUAAGGGAGAAGAAGAAGAAAGAGAGAGAAGAGUUACUGAAAGAAUCGAAGCAGCCAGAGGCAGAGCAAGAAGAAGACGAAGAGGAGGAAGAGGAAGAGUUACCACCUAUCUACAUCCCCGACCCUCCAAGUCCUCUCUACUGUGGCUUCUACUCACAACCUGGCCAGUUCUGGCUCUCCAUGGGAGGCUUUGAUUCAGGGUUCUUGUAUCACUGUAAGUUCUCUGAGAAGCAGGAUGAGGAUCCAGACCGACAGCAGGAUGAGCCCUUUGACUUCCUGCCUGUUCACAACACAGAUGACGACCCCAUUCGCUCCGUCACCUUCAGCUCAAAUAGGCAGCUGUUGCUCUGCGGGAUGCACUCAGGUUCCAUCAGGGUUUACCCGCUGCAGCCCGGUGACCACAGCCUCACCUCCAUGCAGGCCUACUGGGCUCUCAGUGUUCACGACAACCAGUAUGGACACCUGUGCCACAUUCGCUGUAGCCAUGACGACCACUUUGUGCUGACAGCGGGAGAUGAUGGGAACAUCUUCUCUUACAGCCUGCUUCCUCCAGAGGAGCUGCAGAAAGGCCUGCAGAGAAAGAGGGCCAAGGUUCCUUCACCCAGGGUGGGUCUUGAAAAUGAGGUGUUGGCUCAGGACAUUGAGGACCCAGCAGCUUACAGCAUAGAGACAGCUAAACAGAAGUUACUGAAGGACCGUCUGCGUCGGGAGGCCGAGCUGAAGAUUGCAGGGAAAAGGAAGAAGCUGGCUGAGCUUCAGAAGAAGUUUAAACAGCUGCUGAACUACAACCAGAGUCUGCCGGAGCACGUUCGCCUGAAACCUGUGGAGCUGCAGCUGGACCGGCGUUUCAUUGAACAGGCAGAAAGGGUUAAGUCGCAGCGGAUCACGGAGGUCAGAAAGCAGCUGGGCUGGGAGGAGGAGCACAGCCGCAUAGCACUCAGCAAACUGCAGGACUGGUCCCAGCACUCUCUGAUGGUCACCGUGGUCGCCAUCUGCACCAACCACAGAGUCUCUACCUACCGUUUGCCAACGCUCAAAGAGCCUUCAACCCAGCCCAGACAUCAGAGUACACCUAACCGGCCUGACAGAGACAGAGAUGCCACACUAGAACGCAGGAAAUCCAGAGCUGAGCCUGCAAAAGACAGCAGUAAAAUAGAAGAAGAGGAGGUGCUACGCGCCAAGGUUACUCGUCCAGCGGGGAUUAAGCUGGGAGAUCGGCAGGUUGAGAGGCUCAAAAAGGCUACAGAGAAAGCUGAACAAGCUCGAGCCAAAAUAGAGAAGAGGAAGCAGGAAUGGGCCCAACUUUACGCAGAGAAGCCAGACGAGAACUGUGAGGAUCCGCAGGAUGUGCAGGCCAUCCGCGAAGCCAAAGAGAACAUCGGAGACUUAAAACUAAAGUCAGCCAAAGACUUCACAGUGCCGAAACACCUGAGGAUGAAUGCUGAGAGGAAGCGAGCAGAGCUGAUAGGACUGGAGGAAAAUAUCCGUGAGAAGCAGACUGAGAUGAAUGGACGUAUUAUGGCGUUGCGGGACUCCAAGGUGCGCCUGGUGUCUCAGUUGUGUGCUCAGGCUCAGCGGCUUCACAAGGUCCAGCAGCGUCUAGCAGCCCAUCUCCACCGCCCUCCACCCGCCUUGCCAACCAUAUUACCAGAGGAAACCCCAGAGAGGAGGCUGCAGUACAGCCGCACCACCCUGGAGCGAUACCAUGUUUUGAAGGAACAGAGGUUUAAGGCCAUGCAGCAGGAGGAGCAAGAGGGAGUUACAUGUUUGUUGGAACAGCUGGAGAAAGAUAUGGAGGGGGAGAAGGAGAAAGAGGACGAAGAUCAGGAGAGAGGAGAAGAGGGGACUUCCAGUCCAUCAGCUUCAUAUGUAAUCAGAGAAGAAGAAGAGAUGCAAGUGGAGGAAGGAGUGGAGCUGAGUGAGCUGGAGGAAGAGUUGUGGAGGGAGGAGGAGAUCAGACUGCUGCAUGAGCAGGACUCCCUGCUGGAGCAGAUGGAGAGUGCGGUGUGUCAGUUUGAUGCAGAGCUCCUGCUGCUGCGUCACCAGAAGCUGCGACUGGACUGGCAGCUGAAGGCGGCUGACCUCCGUCAGCUGACGCUCUACCAGGAGCUGCUGCUCCUCAAAGAGUUCGAGAGGAGGGAGGACAGCCUGCAGGAGAAGCUCAACAGACGCAUUAAGGAGGAGAACAGCAUCAUGUCAAAACUGGAGGAAUGUAAUGAACAGCUGGAACUGAAGCAGAGAGACAUAGCCAAGCUGCAGGAGAGAGAGAAGGCUCUGAUUGCCGCCUUCCAGGCCUCGCUGGGCGAAAACAACAAGUUUGAAGAGUUCCUGACCAGAGUCUUCAAGAAGAAUGUCAAACGUGUCAAGAAGAAGGAGCAGACCGGAACUGAAGAAGAAGAAGUGGACAGUGAUGAUGACUCUGAUGGAGACGAUGACUGGGCUGAUGAUGAUUAUGACCUUGGCACAGAGGAAGGAGGUGCUGCUCUGGACGAUAGUGUUUGCCCUGCAGGCUGUGAGCCAGAGUUGUUUGAGAACACACUGCAGCUGCGUGAGCGACGGCUGGACCUGGAGGAACUGCUGGUGGAGGAGAAGAAGAGUACUGAAGUUCUGAAGAAGGAGUAUGACACCCUCGUUAAGAAUGAGACAACGGUGAAGAGCAGUAGGAAGGAAGUAGAGGACGACUUGGAGUUAGUCAACAGAGAGAAGCAGCAGAAAAUGAACGAACUGGAUGUGGUGGUUCCUCUCCGACUUCACCAGAUUGAGUUUGUUGUUAACGGCUCGAUGCCAUCUGAUCUGAGCCCGGCAUUGGUGCUGGACAGGACGGAGUUGAACAGGCUGCAGGAGCGCAUCAAGCAGCUACAGGUGGAGAAGAGCCAGCAGAGAGAUCUGUACUUUCAGGCCCGCCAGCAUGUCAGGCUCAUCCACGACCGCAAGGACAUGGACACUAAGAUCCAGGCGCUGGAGAAGCAGUGCAACGAGCUGAUGAUGAUCAAGUAUGGGAGACUGGUGGACCUGGAGGCUCUGCAGACACUGUCGGGGAACAGGGUGCUGGAGGAGCUCAAGCAGGAAAAAUUCCUUCGAGAGGCUGCCUACGCCAAGGAAAUCAAACAGUGGGAUGCGAAGGUAGAAGAGGCUCGUCAGGCUCUGAUGGAGGUGACCAGGUGUAACACAGAACGUCUCCUCAGCAUGACAAACCUCUUUGACCAGAAGAAGGAACUGGAACAUAAACUCAACGCCAGACAGAAGAAGAUGGGGGGACAGUUCCAGGAUUACAGGAGACGUGUCGAUCAGGAGGAGAUCCGAAGGCUACAGAUGCUGGUGAAAACACAGUCGCAGCAGAUGGAGGCCCUUAGGAGAGAGAUUGGCCUCCUGUCCCGUAAAGGAGGCCAUGUCUUGCCCCCUUGCCAGGCCCCGCUGCCCCCGCUCGCCCCCUUGUCCUCCCCUACAGGCCGCACCCACACCGGCAAACAGAGACCAGAGCGUCUAUCGAAACUGCUUAAAGGACAAAACUCGCCCAGUAGACAGGGAGCUAUUUAAUGAAGGCCAGAAAAAAACAAACAGUUAUUGUAUUGUUAGAGGAUUCUGCUCAGUAAUAGUUCUUUCCUGUGAAUUCAGACUGAAGGAUACUUCCAUUUGUUGACUACUGUGUUUAUUCUAAAGUCAUACUCUUAAAUGAUGAGGGAGUCUGAUUUUGUCUUUACUGAAAGCUAUCUACUGCUCUUUGGAGUAUGAAACCUUCUGAUAUUUAUUGAUUUAUUGAACUUUUCAUCUAGCAUCCCCUUCAGCUAAUUAUUAAUAUUUUGAAAUGGAUCUUGAAAACAAACAAGCAAAAAAUGUAGGGCUGCUGAAAGUUGAGUUGACAUCUAGCAGCCUCAAGGAGCCAACUCUAGAAGCAGGAUCCUAAAUAGUGGAAAAAAAUAGUGGACUGAUCUAUCUACAUUUCCAUUAAAAAAAUUUUAAUCUUCGACCAACCGCUAGAUUGCUUUUCCUCUGUUCACCUCUUUGAGCCCAGUCAGCCUGGGUUUAGACAACUGAACAGCACCUUUGAAGUUUAGUCAUGAAUUUCCACUCCUAUGUGGACAGCGUGCAGCUCCAUGUUGCCAUCCAUCCGAAUGAUCGUUCAGGGCUCUCCAACUUAGAGUCUUGUGUCCUUGCUAAUGUAGAUAAACCUAAAGUGCAAAUUUUAGGCACUAGGACACAGAAAUUGCUCUUAUGUGAUGCUUCUGUUAUUUUAUAUACGACUUUGACCAGUGAACCACAUAUUUUACUGUUUUCUUUCACUACUGUUAUAUAGGAUUAGACUGUUCUUUAGGAUGGUGAACGUUUAGAUUUUAAAACAAGCCUUUAUAACUUCCAGUCUAGACAACUGUAAUGUCCACUUCGUUAAGUGCUGCCAUGCUAAAAACCACACUCAGCUGCAUGCUGCCUCUUUCAAUCUGCUUCUCUUUCUGCUGGAAUGAAGCAAAACGUGAUGAACCACUCCCUUUUCCCUUGCAUGUGAAUUUGUUUGACAGUCACAAUGCAUUUGACUGUUUCUGAAUCAGCACUCAGUGUAAUGGCUCUUUGCGCUGGGUGGAGUCAUAUGUGUAAAUCAUACUGAGGAACAAAACUGUGACGCUGGGUCAAAAGGGUUACUGACACACUCAGAACUCAUUCAGUUAUUCUACUUAUUAUAUCAAGUCACCAAGUACUUAGUUACCAAGUUUAUCUCCUCCUCCUCAGUGCAAGUGUCAUCCUGACUGUCACCCUCUUCUGCUUCUCUGACUGAUCUCUCUACUGAAGACGCCCUCGGGAGUAAAAUCCACUCUCUCUAGGCAAACAUACGAUCUGUUUUACUGAUGAACAUCAGCAACUGGUCCACUUUGAAACUUCAGACACGUCAACUGUUAAAUGAAACUAUUCUGAUCCUUUAUCUAGUAUUGCAUCUC